AUCAAAUUGCAUAUAUAUUUCAUAUUUGCUAUGUACCUUUACUUGCUGUAAUUUGUAAAACAUUGUGUUAAGACUGAAAGUUACUAAAAUUAUAUAUAUUUAAUAAAAGGCAGAUAUUCUUACAAUUCAACCGCCAUGAAUAUGUUCAAGUUUAUGUUUACUUUUUGUCUGUUAUUCCCUCAAUAUGUGACUCCUGAUGAUAAAAAUGUAUUUGAAUACGAUCCAGAUGAAUUUUAUAAACAAAUCGUAAACAAGGAUGGAAAUUUUAUAAUGUUCUAUACGCCAUGGUGUCGGCAUUGCAAAGAAUUUCAUCCAAUUUGGUCAGAAUUAGGGAAUCUUAUAAAUUCCAGAAAGUAUGACAUAGCAAUUGCUCAAGUAGAUUGCAUGAAACAUUCAAAACUAUGCAAGGAAAAUGAUAUUACAGGAUAUCCUACAUUAUUGUAUUACCACAAGAAUUCAUUUACACCCGUAGAAUACAAAAGCACAAGAGACCUACCUUCUCUCACUCUUUUCGUAAGUGCAGUGUACACUAAAAAUAAAAAACCAAAGCCAAAAGAGAGGCCAUUGCCUAAUGUGGAGAUAUAUAGCGGUAUGGCUUCUUUGGAUGAUUACAAUAUAGAGAAAUUUGUGUCAAAGGGGCAGCAUUUUGUAUUGUUCUAUGUUCCGUGGUGUACAGCAUCCCAGAAAUUGGCAAUCGUCUGGGCAGAGAUGGCGAAGAUAUAUGAAAAUAAUGAAUACCUACAGAUUGGAAGGAUUAAUUGUUACCACAAUGAAAUAACCUGUCAGAACUUUGACAUAAAACAGUAUCCGCUUCUACUGUGGAUUGUUAACGGAAGGAUUAUGGGACAAACCGAUAUGAAAACAUUACCUCAACUCCAAGAGUAUGUAAAAAAGAUGUUGCUGACCGAAAAUCAUGAUCCAGAGAAAUUUGUCAAGAAAAAGAAAGCUUUACCAGUGGCCAGGAUAUCGGAGGAAACAUUUGAAACCUUUUUGGAAAACGAAUUGGUUUAUGUUAACUAUUUUGCUCCAUGGUGUGCCCAUUGCAUGCAAUUAAGCCCCCUGUGGCUGAAGCUGGGUGAACGGUUUCAAAAUGAAAGCAGAGUUAUCAUAGCUGAUAUAGACUGUGCUCAGUCCAAAACAAUCUGUGAAGUUGAAAAGAUAAAUGGCUUGCCAACACUGAUUCUAUACAAGAACAAAAACAUAGUAAAUGUAGAACAUGGCAGCAAACCUCUGGAAAGUCUGAUAACUCUGGUCAAUGAACACCUGCAUGAUAACAAAACGUUAGAGGAAAAUGAAAAUAAGGAAAAUGAAAAUAAGGGAGAUGAAAAUAAGGGAAAUGAAAAUAAGGGAAAUGAAAAUAAGGGAGAUGAAAAUAAAGGAAAUGAAAAUAAGGGAAUUGAAAAUAAGGGAAAUGAAAAUAAGGGAAAUGAAAAUAAGGAAAAUGAAAAUAAGGGAGAUGAAAAUAAGGGAAAUGAAAGUAAGGGAAAUGAAAAUAAGGGAGAUGAUAAUAAGGAAAAUGAAAAUAAGGGAGAUGAAAAUAAAGGAAAUGAAAAUAAGGGAAAUGAAAAUAAGGAAACUGAAAAUAAGGGAAAUGAAAAUAAGGAAACUGAAAAUAAGGGAAAUGAAAAUAAGGAAACUGAAAAUAAGGAAAAUGAAAAUUUGGACAAUGAAAAUAAUGAGUCAACCGAAAAACCUUUGCCAAAUAAAGAUGAGCUAUAAGUCACAAAUCAUUUAAACCUUCCAUUUAUAUGUAUGUAAAUAGUAAUGUCUUAUCUUGUCAAUGUUAAAUACAUUUACAAAAACCUUAAGAUAGAAUUCAUUUGUAUAUCGUUUAGACGUUAUAAAAUUAAUAUAUCCCUUGCUACAGUUGCAUCUCCGGCAGGCAGAAUUAGGUUGAAUAAAAAUAACUAAGGUCGAAAAAUUUUAAUAGAUGGUGAAAAUUGCAUGUAUGAAUUAAUUUUGAGAAAGAUUUGUGAAUGUAAUAGGACAUAUAAGUUAAUGGACAUGUCUUUCAUGAAUACAUAUGUAUGUUAUUUAUAUUAUGUGUUAAGCCGAAGCUUCUCGGAGGUUUGAACGAAAAGAUAUAUAAAUUCCAAGGUUCACAUGAGUGAAAUGUGAACAUUGUCCUAAAUAAGAAAGUAUAUUAGGUUGUAACGAACUAGUCACACGGUAUUCCAGACAAAAAUAGACUGCAGUAGUCAAACUGAUGAGCCAAAGGAAAAUAUUGAAGGAGAAAAGAUAAAGAUAAAAAGAAAGGAAGCAUUCCACAUGCUGUACUUAUCAAAAUAUUUGGAAGACAAUCUAUUUUACGUAGAAUUACUGCGGCGACUAUUUCAAAACAUUGUUGACACAGAUGAAUAUGUCUGUUUUAAUCUUACUUCUAUUUAUUGAAUAAAUUAAUAAUUUUAUCAAUAAUGUAGUAUUACUAUAAUAAUAUAUUUAAAAUUCAAAAGGUCUAUAUGACAAUAAAAAAAAUUUGUGGAAUUUAGUAUAGAAAACGGUUAUCCAAAUAAAAUAAACCCAAAUUUU